AUUUCAUUACAUUGAAAUUCUCUGCUGUUCUCAAUUUAAGUGCGGCUAUUUCCGACUGUAAAAUUUAUAUUUAGACUGCUUUUCAACAGUGAAUAAUCAAAAAUGUGCAGAAUAAGCGUCUUUCAUUUAUUAUUCGUGGCAGCGGUGAUACAAGUUGCACUCGCACUAAAGGAAGGCGAAUGCGAGGUUUGUGUAAAAACUGUGGAGAAAUUCGGAGCCACGUUAGCAGACGAUGUCAAGAAGGACCCCAAGAAGAUAGAAAUAGAAUUCAAGAAGUUUUGUAAAGGUUCUAAGAACAAAGAGAAUCGGUUUUGUUACUAUUUAGGAGGGCUUGAAGAAUCAGCUACCGGUAUUUUAGGAGAGCUCUCAAAGCCACUGAGUUGGUCUAUGCCAGCUGACAAAAUCUGCGAGAAGUUAAGGAAAAAGGAUGCCCAAAUCUGCGACCUCAGGUUCGACAAACAGAUUGACCUCAAUAAUGUAGACCUGAAGAAACUGAAGGUUCGCGACCUAAAAAAGAUCCUGAACGACUGGGAUGAGGUUUGUGAUGGAUGUAUUGAAAAGACAGACUUCAUCAAGAGAAUAGAAGAACUGAAGCCCAAAUAUAUGGGCAGAUCUGAGUUGUAAAUUAGUACAAUAAUAAAUAUCUAGGUAAAUCGUGGGCCCAUUGAGAAUUUUGGACAUUUCAAGUGAAGAUCCAAGAAGCAAGAUCAACGUGUGAUGAAUGUGUCAUCAAGUGAUG